AGGAAGUUGGAUUCAAAGAAUAUUUGAAAAAGGAUUAUGAUAUGUCACGUGGUACACUUUAUAAUAUGAUGUUCGCAGACAAUUCAGAGUUCUACCUCAGCUACAUACGAGCAAGGAAAUGCACAGAAAUCUCAAUUGACAAAUGGAAAAUGGAAUCUGGGAAAGAAAAAAGACUCGUUAGCUAUCGUUAUCAUCUUAAAAAGAAAGUUAAAAAGUCGUCGUCACAAGUAACAGAAAUACAGAAACGCGACCCGAGUAAAGAUAUUAGGAAUUGUCACGUGAUAGAGAAUGAAGUUCAAAACAAAGGUGUAAUGUAUGCAGAUAGUUUCCACAUCUUGGAGCGAUGGACCAUCACAGAUAUCGAUGACAACAAGUGUAACUUGAGUGUCCAUGCCGAGAUCGUAUUUCAUAAGGUAAACAAGAUGAUUCGGAGUAUAAUAAAGAAGAAGGUUCGCUCGGGCUUAAAAGAAGCAUACGCUAUUUUAGAUUCGCUUCUCGUAGAAGCUAGUCAAGCUGGACUUGCAGCGGUAGGCCUGCAAGUCUAAAUGUUUAGGCCUGCAGGUGGGUGCUUUCUAUUGUAUACGCUAGAUUUGUGUACAACCUAUACUAGUCCACACCUCGAACACAUUCAGACUUUUAAAUAAAGAGUUAUAUAAAUUCAGCUACAUUAGAUUACACUGCAUUACCCCCUCACGGUAACCUUAAUAAUAAUAAUGUUAAGAGCAUAAUGCCUCACCACGCAUGAUACACUUUAUGUCCAACACAGUGGCG